AUUCAAAAUAUAUCAUCAAUUAUAAGCAUGGGUUUGUGGAACACAACGAAUGCAGUGUCUUGCCGCUUUCACAAGUUUGGUGAUGACCAAAAGAAUCUGGUCUUCCAAGGUGAUGCCACGUCUUCUUCCAGGGGCAUAGAACUCACAAAGUUAGACGGUGGAGGAAAACCAGUGGGUGGCAGUGUGGGGAGAGUGUUAUACUCUUCUCCAGUGCACCUUUGGGAAAGCUCUACAGUGGUCGCAAGCUUUGAAACCGACUUCACCUUUUCCAUCUCAUCAGACUCUACUACUCCAGGUGAUGGCCUUGCCUUCUUCAUUGCACCAUUUGACACUAAAAUCCCUCCAAACUCUGGUGGGAGCAACCUUGGACUCUUCCCAUCAGACAAUGUUGUUGCUGUCGAGUUUGACACCUACCCUAAUCGUGAUAAGGGGGAUCCAGAUUAUAGACACAUUGGUAUCGAUGUCAACUCUAUUGUCUCCAAGGCAACUGCUAGGUGGGAGUGGCAAAAUGGCAAAAUAGCCACUGUACAUAUCAGCUAUAACUCUGCCUCUAAGAGACUCACUGUUGCUGCUUUCUAUCCUGGCACUCAAACUGUGACACUCUCCCAUGAUAUUGAGCUCAACAAAGUGCUUCCUGAAUGGGUUAGGGUUGGAUUAUCUGCUUCAACUGGACAGCAGAAACAAACAAAUACCAUUCACUCAUGGUCUUUAGCCUUCAACAACCGUAUCGGAUGAUUCUGGUCAUUCACUUUCCAUCUUAAUAAAUCUCAUCUAGCUAUGCUAUGUUGUGUUGUGUGCCAAUAAUUAAGGACAAAUAAGGAGACUAGAGUACGUACUACCUAGUCCACUACUGCUUAAUUAUGUACGUACGUGUCUGUUAUUUCACUUUUAUAAGUAAUGAAUAUGAAUAUUAUGUUAUUAAGAGUACAA